GGCGGCGGCGGCGGCUCCUCCUCCUCCUCCCAGCGAAAGCGGUUCCCCCAGCGCCCAGAGCGGGGCCCCGCGGAGAUAACCCCUCCUCCCCCCUCCCCACCCCGCCGGCACUCGUGAGGGGACGGGCUGAGCUGGGCAGCGGAGGCAGCACCGGGAGCAGCGAGCGGCGGGAGGAGGAGGAGGACGACGAAGAGGAGGAGGACGAGGCGGCGGCAGCGGCAGCUCCGGGACCCACGUUGUGGGAACAGCGGCCGCGGGAGGGAAAAGUGCCUGCGGGGGGUGGGGGGGGCAGAGCGGGCGGUUCGGUUUCCUGCGCUGUGGGGACAGUCGGCUUCCCCCCCUGCCCCCCCGUCUCCUCCUCCUCUUCCUCCCGUCUCCUUCCUUCCCCGCGGCGGGCGAAGAUUGCAGACCCUCCCGGAGCAGCCCCCGGCUUCUUGGGGCUCGCCCCCCCGCCCCCUGUGCCCCCUUUUUCUUCUGUGGCGGCGGGCGGUGUGAGCUGCGGGGCUUGGAAUAUGGUCGGGGAAAUGGAAACGAAGGAGAAGCCCAAGCCGACCCCAGAUUACCUGAUGCAGCUGAUGAACGACAAGAAGCUCAUGAGCAGCCUGCCCAACUUCUGUGGGAUCUUCAACCAUCUCGAGCGGCUGCUGGACGAAGAAAUUAGCAGAGUACGAAAAGACAUGUAUAAUGACACGUUAAAUGGAAGUACAGAGAAAAGGAGUGCAGAGCUUCCUGAUGCUGUGGGACCUAUUGUUCAGUUACAAGAGAAACUCUACGUGCCUGUAAAAGAAUACCCCGAUUUUAACUUUGUUGGAAGAAUCCUUGGGCCCAGAGGACUAACAGCUAAACAACUGGAGGCAGAAACAGGAUGCAAAAUAAUGGUCCGAGGAAAAGGGUCAAUGAGGGAUAAAAAGAAGGAGGAACAAAACAGAGGCAAACCCAAUUGGGAACACCUAAAUGAAGAUUUACAUGUACUAAUCACUGUGGAAGAUGCUCAGAAUAGAGCAGAAAUCAAACUGAAGAGAGCUGUUGAAGAAGUAAAAAAAUUAUUGGUACCUGCAGUAACCUGGUGGUCCCCUGCUCCUGGGGACUCUCUCCCAUUGUUGCAGAGACAUUGGAUAUGCUUUGUUCUAUCACCUCAGAACUCUCAAGCUUCAAGUAAUUUACAAGCCUCUUGUUUUAUGUUAGGGAUUAAGGCAGAAGGAGAAGACAGCCUUAAGAAGAUGCAGCUGAUGGAACUUGCAAUUCUGAAUGGCACCUACAGAGAUGCCAACAUUAAAUCACCAGCCCUUGCCUUUUCUCUUGCAGCAACAGCCCAGGCUCCAAGGAUUAUUACUGGGCCUGCGCCUGUUCUCCCACCAGCUGCCCUGCGUACUCCUACGCCAGCUGGCCCUACCAUAAUGCCUUUGAUCAGACAAAUACAGACCGCUGUCAUGCCAAACGGAACUCCUCAUCCAACUGCUGCAAUAGUUCCUCCGGGACCUGAGGCUGGUUUAAUUUACACACCCUACGAGUACCCUUACACACUGGCACCAGCUACGUCAAUCCUUGAGUAUCCUAUUGAACCUAGUGGUGUAUUAGGUGCGGUGGCUACUAAAGUUCGAAGGCACGAUAUGCGUGUCCAUCCUUACCAAAGGAUUGUGACCGCAGACCGAGCCGCCACCGGCAACUAACCUAUGACCUUCUGACCUCUGAACUCUUCACCCAAUGAUGACCUGACCAUGCCUGCCUGCUGAUCAGUUAACUGGUAAUCGCCUUUGCUUGCCUGUCAUCAGUGCAGCGAGCUGAGGCACUUGUCCGUUCGUCUUACCAUCUAACCAAACAAAAGACAAAGAAAUUGUUGUCCUCCAACUCCGCUUUUUUCCCCCCUGUUUGGGUGAAAGUGGUUCUAGAACCUGCACUGAAUAGUAGUAAAGCAAUAAGGUCCAAUCCAUCCCUCAGCACUGAUCAUCCUUUUGCGUUCCGCCCUAAACGAACGGUAAGAAGGCCUCUCUUAAGAAAUGGAGACGAAUGGCCCUUAACUACCCGAUGACAGAGGCAGUUACUGUGAGAGACUUCUAGGAAUCCUUUUCUUCUCAUAGUGAAGUCAAAGCUCUCUCUCUCUCUCUCCCUCUCUCUGAAUGUACUGUGCGAUGAUGCAUCAUGCAUGAACCUUUGGUCAGGGAUGUCAUUGGUGAAGUGAUUUCAAAAAAGUAUUCAAAAUUUGACAUGCUGUUUAGUCACUACAGUGCCCUCAAAGGGCAGAAGUUGCAGCCUUUUUUAUAUUGCCUGCCAAAUUUGAUGUAGUAAAAGAAAGUGUGCCAUGAAAGAAAAAUUAACAAGGAAUUUUGAAAACUAAUGCAAAGAACAAAACUGCAACACUAUUUUUUAAAAAAGAAAAAAAAAAUCUGAGUUAAAAUUACCGAGCCUGUGUUUUACACCUCCUUAAAAGAUUAUAUGAGAACAAGGUACAUGCAUUAUGUGUCACAUUACUGGGCAAACUGUUCAAAUAUUUUUUUUAAACCUCCCUGUAUAGAAAAAUCAUUAAGGAUGUAAAAGCCAUGCUUGCCUAUUUGCUGUAUACAUGUAAUGAAAUUGUAGAUAAAGUGUAGUGCAUUGAAACAAAUGAACAAAAAAAGUAGAUACUUUUACUAUACAAGGGUGCUGGUGCAGAAAAAAAAUAUAUAUUUUUGGAAAUGUAGCAUUUUAUACUUUCAAGUGUUAUAAAAAAAAAAGAAAAAAAGAACAAAGAAACCCUUUAUUUCAUUAAAUGAUUUUUUCUGGUGGUUGUCAAGAAACAAAAGACCAAAAGAGCCUUUUUGUCUUUCUUUUUUAUUUUUUAAGUAUUGGAAUAAGUCUAAAGAAAAGAAAGUGCCUUAUUUUCCUUCAUGGUCAUUUAGUCAAGUGUCUCCUAAAAUCAGCUCCUCCCUCUGAUAACAAGUGAAUGCAUGCCGCUCCGCCCAGUGUGUGAGAAGGUGAGGGGGAAGACACAUGAGUUGAUGGUUUGAAUUAAAAGAUAUUUGCUGUUACCUUGAUGCAAUUUGCCAAAUCUGAUACUGUGAAAAAAAAAAUUGAUAACUUUUCUAUCUUAUGCCAGACUACUCAUUCAUUUUUAAAACAUGUUCAUUCUUUUAAAAUCUUAAGUACUUUUGUUUCAUGCACUUGCUCAACCCAAACCCAAAGGAUCUGAGACAAAAACUGUGUUAUUCUCUUUCUCACUAUCAGAUUAAAAGAAGUAGAGUGCUGUUUUGUUUUUAGGGGAUGAGUUAUAUUCUUAAUGAUUGAAAUAGUAGUGACUUUUAUUUCACAAAAUAAAGUUUUGUGAAUUUUAGCAAUUUUUAGUCCAAAAGUUACUUAAAACUUAACCAAAAUUUUAUAGAGCUUAUAUCUGCCAUGUCAGAUAAUUCUGAUACAACUUUUUCAUUAGUUCUAACUUUCUUUGCUUUUCACUUUUAAAAGAAUGUUAGAAAUUAGCAUUAAUUUGCAUAUAAAGGCUCAACUAUCUAUCUAUCUCUCUCUAUAUAUAUAUAUCCGUUUAAGCUUCCUAAUUCAUGUGAAGUUCAAACAGUUGGCCUUGUGUAAUAGUUGAAGCAAUUUGUGCACAAAGCUGAUUUCUAAAUACCUAAGUGAUUAUUCAUUUUUUAACAAACCAGUACCAGACAUGGCAAAUUAAUUAUCAAGUAACAUUGUGUUCCCCAACUUAUCAACUCAAUCCCUCUUACAUACCUUCACAGCUUUUAAGUCAAAGGUCAGCAGUAAAACUCAGUAAGCACCUGCAUGGUGACCUCAUCUAUCACCUUGUCUCACUUGGAAAUAAUUUUCAGUUUAUUUACUAUGCAAUAGACAUUCAUCCCUUUGUAUUCAGCUAGCUUUUGUUUAAUGUGCUACUGCUUUGUCUUCCUGUUACAUAUGCAAUAUUUUGAUUUCCUUACAAUAUAUGCUGUGCCAUUUUGAUUUUUAUUUUGGUUGGUUGAAUAAACUCGCGACACUCAAAAUAUUUGAGGAGAGAUUUGCUAAAAUGAUACCAGUAUUUGUUCCAGUUUCAUCUCAACUAUGAUAAACCUGGACAUUUUAGAUGUUUAUCAAAGGUCUUUUAUUGGGAAGAAAGUAAGUGUAUGAAAUAUAUGUGUGACAUUUAUGAGUAAUGUUUGCUCUAAACAAACUUUUGAAAACUUAGUUGACGCAAUUUUUGAUCAACUAAAAAAGCAUGACUUUUGAAAUCUCUGAAUGCCUUGGUUCUCAGUAUUAUCAUUCUUUAUUGAAUUUAUUUCUUAUUAAAAUAUGUAGUUUUAAGACUUUUUUUCUGACAGUAUUAUGUAAUUUUUUUUAGAGUGGGUAGAUGGGAGUGUCGCUUGUAUGCUACCGUACAGCUGACAUGUAUUUUGUCUAUUCUUUAUUAUCUUAGUAGUUUCAUGCUAUGUAUGUACCAUAACCAACCUAUUGCCUAUGAGAAACAUGUAAGAUAAUGUAUUUACAGCCAUUGUUACAAGUUUAUAAUGUAUUUUUCUAUCUUGUUUUAUAUGUAUGUUAUAUAACAUUCAAAAAGAAUUUUUUUCCUGAUUGAGAAAAGGAUACAAAAUGCAAAACCCACAAUUUUGAUAACUGAAAAUUGCCAAUUGUUUUGCAGUACUUUAUUAUAUUGAGAGUGUUGUCUUUCUUGGGCUUUUAGUUAGCUACUGAAUGAAUACAUUAGACACAUUUUGGGUUUUAGUUGGGAUUUUACAUAGCUUGCAUUUUAAUUCUUUGGUUCUUUGCUGUUUCUAUUAACCCAUAGCAUUAUUUUAAUAAAUGUUAUAAUACCAACCUACUAACUCUGGACUGUGUCUGUUUAUUAACCUAUACAUGUUUAAUUAAAAUCAAUAAAUAAAUAAAGACAGAAGAAUGUAAAGUCUUGAGUUACUGGACUAACCCUGAAGAACGUGACCACAGAUAACACAGCGUGACUUGUUUUUUAUGUUGUUUGUCAGCUGACAAUUUCUGCACACUACUGUUAAGUUGGCUUUGGUUAUUCUGGCCUUUUCCCUUGGGGGUAGAUGCCAGUAGAGAUGGGAACAAAGGAGUAUCUACUGGAGGCAUUCUACUUGUAGUCUUGUCACUUGGCCUUUCAGCAUCUGCAUUACUAAUUCCACACUUUCUUAUUUUUCUUCCUCCAAAAUAAUCACUAUCUGCUCACAGCAAAAGAGCAAAGAAAGCUCAGUGUGAUGAUAUACCAACAUAAACCAGUUUGAUUCUUUGUUGAACCAUUUCCUCUAGCUUCUCUAUAAGGAGCAGGUAAUUGUUAGUGAUCUACACUAAAAAGCAAAGAACCUGGUUAUUGCUUAAAAUUUUCUUAAUACUUGUAACAAGUUGAUUUGAUGUUUUUCUUUUGUAAAGCUUCAACAGUGUUAAACUUUAUUAUUAUGGUUAUAGUUAUCUGUCAUUAUUAGCUCAGGGAACUACAACCUACCUAAAGCCAAAGGUUAAAUUGAUUAUUUCUCGUAAGGUGAUUGGCUGACAUAUAAAAACAGCAAACAACUUUUUAGAUACUCCAAUUGGCAUUUUCUCAAGUUUUCUUUCCCCUUCUGUGUCCCACCCUAUUUCUUCCACUCCUUUAGAGAAUUGAUUAAAACAUAGAAUUGAAGUGGGGGGAAAAUUAGCAUUUAAAAGUUGUAUUUGGUGAAUUGUCCAUGUGCAAAUUAUAAGAAUUGUGAGACUUAUUAUAACUACUUUAAUGUUUAUAUAAGUUGCAAUUUUAUUAUGACCACUUAGAUUUAUGAACACAAAUUACAUGCAAUGAGACCACCUGUUAAUGGUAUAAUUUUUCAUGUUCAUCUUUUUAUUUCACAGAUAAUGCUUGUUUUUCUUUUCUGUGAAAAUAUUUUUCUAGGUGAUAAAAUCCUAAAAAUGAAUAAUUGCAUUUAUAAAAGCAGAUUUAUUUCUGAGAGUUGUAAGCAAUUAACCACCUGAGUUCCAAAAAGGAUUUUUUUUUGGGGGGGGGGGGGGGGGGAAAUGUAGAGGAAGUUCCAGAGAAGUAUUUAAGGAACAGGUGGCCUAGAUUGAUGGAAUAGGCUAUGGUCGCUAUGGCGAAAACAAUCUGUUGGAUCAAACAUCAGAGUUUUUUAAUAAAAGAAAUUCAAGUGGUUAUAAUUUAUAUUGAUUAAUUAUAAAAAAGGUUUUCAUUGUGUUUUUUUCUCUUUAAUUGGUUAUAAUGGUAAUUAUAUAGAUGUGGCUCUCCUUUGCUGCUGCUUACAAAAGACAUUGAUGUUCUUUUCUUUAAAUGCCAUAAAAGUUUAACAGUAGAACUUGAUUUACAAGUUUAUUCUUUGUGGGUAGUACCUUGUCACUUAUUUUGAAGGGUUUCUAUGAAAUUGAUAUGUACAUAUUCUGGAACCCUCAUUAUAGUCUCAUCUCACUUUCAGCUAGUGGUACUACUUAAGGUGUAAUUACUGUGAUAGAGCCAGGUUAUAGGUACAGCAGCUCUUGAUUCCCUGUAACUGAGUUUUGCUGCUCUUUCUUGGCAAGAGAUUGUCAUUUGGUCAAAAAUCUCAACUCCUGAGGCAAAAUUUUGGCAACAUUUAUUGUAAAACUUUUUGUGGGAGAAGUCUAAAAGGCACUUUAAAAAAGAUUGAAAUACUUUGCAAAUCUCAUUUUUAAAGUCAGUUUAAGAUAGUUGUAGAAUGUCAUCAUACACAAAACUGAUAAACAUCAGUUAUCAGUUUGAAAAGUCAUCUGGAAGUUUUGAACUUUCAAUUAAUAAGCUUAUUUAAUAUAGUUAAUUAGAAAAGAAUUAGAAUUUUUUUUUCCUUAGGACAGAUGUCAGGAAAUAUAUCAAGUGACUCUGGAUAUUCAUUAGUUUAAUUAUAAUAGUUUAAAUUACCUAUUUUUAAAGUAUCUGUGCAUGAAACCAAAAUUUGUGUGUGUGUGUGUGUGUGUGUGUAUACAUAGUCAGUUUUUAAAGAGUUUUUUAAUUACUUUUCUAGUUCACUGAAUGAUAGAUUUCUCUACUUUGUACCAUACCAAAAAUAAUUUCUUUAGCAGAGACCUUCUUAAUAUAUAUUAGUAUUUUAUAUGCAGCAGUAUUAGGUUUAGCAGGCUUUGAUUGGCUGAUAAUACAAUUCCAAAAAGUUAACAUUUUAAUAGGGCAAAAUAUACUUAGGAACAAAAUAUACUUAAAAUAUACUGAAGCUUUUAGUAAGCUGCCUUAUGAAAUUUUUGGACUGUUUCUUAGGAAGUUUUUAUCAAAUGUAUGUUUUAGCAUAUGUGUUGCCAACAUUGAGGGAUCAUGUAAAACCAUGCUAAUUUUCUCUUAUCACAAUUAAUAAACGCUUUCAUUUUGAAAUGAAAAAUUUUUUAACUGGUUAUAAUCAAUUCUGUAUAACACCAUGGAACAAAUUUUAAAACAUUCCUAUGGUGCAUUUUAUUUAACAUUUUACCUUGCAUGCUUUUGUUUCAUGGCAAAAUGUCUUAUCAGGAUAGCAUUUUUAACAAAAUCAUGUACAAACUUGGUACUCAAUGCUGAAUCAAACUGGUUAACCUAAGCACAAUGCUUUCUUUCCUAUGUUUCUGCUGCACUAAUUGCCAGUGAAAAAAUUCACUAAGUAGUGGUGGGUGGUAUGUGCAGCACUGUUGACAGUAUUGAUUCCUCAUUGCUGACUGUUUUUCUGUGGGGAAAUAAACUCCCAGGGCAAAAGUUAAGUUACACCUAAAAAGUGCUACAAUUAACUAUAUUAUAUUACCAAAUAUAUUUUAUGAUUUAUGUCAUAACAACUUAUGUGAAAAUUUAGUUUUGUUUAUGGAAAAUGUAUAUGGUGGUGGGAAACGGAUAUUCCUACUACACAUGUGAAUGGAGAAUAAUACAUGAUUACUGUACCUAAUGAUGUGCAAUAAACCAACUGGAACAGGUGCAUGUGCUUUAUCCUCAAAAGCCAGUUGCAGCUAAAAUGCUGCAGUUAGUUUUAUUACUGAAAAAAAAAUUUUUUUUUUGAUGUAUCUGAAUGUCAGAAUAAAGAUUGCACAUUUUAACUUUAAAUUUGCAUUUAAUGCUUUUAGUAAUAUUUGAAAAAGAACUUAGUUUUGAGAUUUUAGAACUCAAUGUUAACCUAAAGAAUCACUGUAAUCUUUGGUAUGAUUUCAGUGAGUAGAAAAGGAAAUGAAUAAAUAAACACUACAAAUGGC